CCGCCGGGUCCUCCUCCUCCUGGGUGGAACUUGCUGUGGUCUUAGGCGGCGUGGCUCGGCACCAGGAAGUAACUGCGUGAUAAAUAAGAACCCGGUGACAUUUGUAGGCGAUACUUGCAAAGAAGCAACCCAACUGUAGAUUAUGGCUAGCUACCACAAACCCGACGAGAAAACUCUGCAGGGACUCAAGGAUAUCGCCAACAAGCUCCGGAUUCACUCUAUCAAGGCGACAUGCGCCUCCAACUCUGGCCACCCCACAUCAUGUUGCAGCGCGGCAGAGCUCAUGUCUGUCCUCUUCUUUCACACGAUGCGCUAUAAAGCCAAUGACCCCCGCAACCAAUGCAACGACCGCUUUGUGCUAUCAAAGGGUCAUGCCGCACCGAUCCUGUACGCUGCCUGGGCAGAAGCCGGAUUCGUGAAAGAGUCCGAGCUCCUCAACCUGCGCAAGAUUGACUGCAAUCUGGAGGGGCACCCCACCCCAAAACUACCGUUUGUUGACGUGGCAACGGGAUCUCUUGGUCAGGGUCUGGGUGCUGCCUGCGGGAUGGCCUACACCGGCAAGAACUUUGACAAAUCCAGUUACCGCGUCUACUGCAUGAUGGGGGACGGCGAGUGUUCCGAGGGCUCUGUCUGGGAAGCCAUGGCCUUCGCUUCCUACUACCAGCUGGACAACCUGGUGGCCAUCAUGGAUGUCAAUCGUCUGGGUCAGAGCGAGCCCGCCCCCCUCAAGCACGACAUGGACGUCUAUCGCAAGCGCUGUGAAGCCUUCGGGUGGAAUACGUAUGUUGUGGACGGCCAUGAUGUAGAGGAGCUGUGCAAAGCGCUCUGGCACGCUCAGCAGGUUAAGGGCAAGCCCACUUGCAUUGUGGCAAAGACGUUCAAGGGCAAAGGCCUCAAAGGAAUUGAGGAUCUUGAAAAUUGGCAUGGAAAGCCCAUCCCAAAGGACAAGGUGGAUGGACUCUUGAAGGACCUCCAGGGGCAAAUUCAAGUCCCAAACAAGACCUUGUGUCCGACGCUGCCAAGUGAGGACACAGAACCCGCAGACCUAAGCCCAAUCCUACUGCAGACCCCCCCGGGGUACAAAAAGGGCGACAAGAUGGCGACAAGGCGGGCUUACGGUGUGGCGCUAGCAAAGCUGGGCCAGUCGAGCCAGAGAGUGGUAGCCCUGGACGGGGACACCAAAAACUCCACAUUCUCUGAGACCUUCAAGAAAGCUUUUCCCGAACGCUACAUUGAAUGCUUCAUCGCCGAACAGAACAUGGUGGGAGUGGCGAUCGGGUGCGCCACCCGUGACCGUACGGUGGCUUUUGCCAGCACGUUUGCUACUUUCCUAUCCAGGGCCUAUGACCAGAUCCGAAUGGCGGCAAUCUCUCAGUCGAAUGUGAACCUGGUAGGGUCGCACUGCGGCGUCUCUAUUGGUGAAGACGGACCUUCCCAGAUGGCGUUGGAAGAUCUGGCCAUGUUCCGUGCCAUCCCUACUUGUACUGUGUUUUAUCCCAGUGACGCCGUGGCCACAGAGAGAGCAGUGGAGAUGGCGGCAAACACCAAGGGUAUCUGCUUCAUUCGAACCAGCAGACCAGACACCCCAGUCAUCUACUCCCCAGAAGAGAAGUUUGAAAUUGGUGUUGCCAAGGUUGUACGCCAGUCGGACAAUGACAUGCUGACGGUGAUCGGCGCCGGCGUUACGCUGCAUGAGGCUCUCUCUGCUGCUGACAUGCUGGCCAGUGAAGGGAAAAAUAUACGCGUCAUCGAUCCAUUCACCAUCAAGCCUCUCGAUGCUGCCACCAUUGUGGCGAGUGCCAAAGCCACAGGAGGACACAUCAUCACCGUGGAGGACCACUACAAGGAAGGUGGUCUCGGCGAGGCGGUGCUGUCGGCAGUGGGCAGCGAGCCAGGCAUCGUAGUGACCCGGCUGGCAGUCACCGGCGUCCCUCGGAGCGGGAAGCCCCAAGAGCUUUUGGACCUUUUUGGUAUCAGUGCUAACCAAAUAGCUAAAACAGUGCGUCAAACACUUGCUAACUAGAGAUUGCAGCCGGACUCUCGGUCAGCGUUACCGUGGAUGUUCACCUUUCCACUUUCCACUUUCCACUUGCUUGGUACCGCUAGGCACACUGUUAGCUAAACCAUGCAUUAAUUUACUGAUAGAAAUGCUCGAUCCUAAUCACGAUAGUUGCAGUCAACGUUUUGUUUCUUCUUCAUACUGUCUCAAAUUUGUCACGCCAUUUCACUCGGCUGACACUUCCCUUAAAGUUACUGCUUUGGCGUGGAUAGAAAUGUAUGUUAGAAUACAGAAAAGCGGUGGGCUCCUCUUCUCUUCAUUCCAGCAGGCACACAACAAAAUGGUUUGGGCCUUUAGUGUCUGUCUUGUGUGGUGUGUUGAAUAAAACACAAAUAACCCAA